ACAGCUGUUUCACGGUCAAAUGGAACAGCCGUAUAUGAUUAGUGAUAUUUCUGGUGACUUUUGCGUUUGCCCCAAGUCAGUGAAGGUUGAGUGUGUGAGGGUUUGCAAUGUCGGAUUUAGGAAGUGGAGAUGAGGGUUCAAGUUCGCAAAGUCCCCAAGCACAUGUGGAGCAGGAAUUGGCGACUAAAAUGCUCCAGAUUCAGAGCAAGCGAUUCUAUUUAGAUGUCAAACAAAAUCGGAGAGGUCGCUUCAUUAAAGUUGCAGAGGUAAGUUGUGCUAUGGAAAAGGUAAUGAAUUUAUUAUACAUUUUUUCAUCUAUUCAGAUUGGAGCAGAUGGACGGAGAUCUCAGAUUUUCUUGGCCUUAUCUACCGCCGCAGAGUUCAGGGAUCACCUGUCAGCUUUCAGCGAAUACUAUUCAUCAUUGGGGCCUCCAAAUCCUGAUAAUGUACCCGAAGAUGGCAAGUUGAAAAGCGAAAUGAUGAUGAAAGACAACCGCCGCUACUAUCUCGAUCUGAAGGAAAACGCAAGAGGACGCUUUCUACGAGUCUCCCAGACCAUCACUAGGGGCGGGCCCCGUUCUCAAGUCGCCAUACCGGCACAAGGGAUGAUUGAAUUUCGGGAUGCACUCACAGAUCUCUUGGACGAGUUUACUCAGGACGAACACGCUUAUAAACACGACCUGCCUGAAGGCAACCAGAUGCAUGUUGACAACAAAAACUUUUACUUUGACAUUGGCCAGAACAACCGUGGGGUGUACAUGCGCAUCAGCGAGGUAAAAACGAAUUUCAGGACCGCCAUCACCCUACCAGAAAAAAGCUGGCCAAGGUUCCGAGAUAUACUAGCCGACUAUUGCGACAAGCUGAACAAACCGCUGGGCGGUCAGGGUCAGUCUCAAGGGAUCGGUUCAGGUCCCGGUUCGGAUCAGCACACAAUGGUUGGAAACAAUACUCAGCAAGACAGCGGGACAAGUUUAAAGUAGGCGUCUCUGCCAUUUUAGACUAUUAGAUUUAUUAAUAUAACAAAUUAUAAAAUUGGACAGUAGUGCCAUCAGUGUCUUGUCCAGUUUGUGCACUUGAAUUAUCCAGAAGGUAAAAAAACAAAAAUAUAAAAAAAAGGGAAUGGGCAUUGACGAGACCCUAAUGGCAAAAUAUUUGAUUCGACAGUUGGUUUUCAGAGCAGUGUUUCAAAACACUAUAAAUGUUAGAUUCUCUAUUAUAUGUUGAAAAUAUUACAAAAAAAUGAAUUGUUUAUUUAGCUGAUUUUUAAGUUGUUAAUAUUUGGGAUGGAUCUGUGUAAGUUUGAAAUGAAAAACAUGGAAAAUCAAUAAGGGCACCACAAUAGUGUUUUCAAAAUUAACAGAUUUUAGAAAAGUUUCUAAAGAAUUAUCAAUUAGAUGUUAUAUUUUGAUUUUGCAUAUAUUUGAUCGGUUCAUAUUUAUGAUGUUUCUGUGAUGUUAAAUUAUUUAUGUAUUUAUAAUAAAGAUCUUUUAUUUA